GCCUCUCAGCAGCGCCAGAGCUGGGGCCGGAAAAAGUGAGAUCUGGCAUGGCUGGAGUGACCUGUCUGGGCGUGGCCAGGGCGGCUGUGGCUGUCACGGUGCUGUGGGUGACGGUGGUGGGGGCAGCCACGGGGCGCUGGUGCGAGCGGCUGGUGCAGGUGACGGAGCAGGAGGAGGUGACGCCGCGCCGCGAGGCCGCGGUGCCGUGUGCCACUCUGUACCAGUACAGCCUGGCCGGGUGGCAGCUGGACAGGGACCGCACGCGCCAGGGCCACAGGGACCCCUCUGGGGACACCAAAACCGCCCCCCCUGGGGACACUGGCACUGACACCCCUGGGGACACCAGCACUGGCCCCUCCCUCUGCUACAUCUACCGCCCCCCAGAGACGCGGCCGGUGGUGCGGAGUCACACAGAGCGCGGCUGCUGUCCCGGCUGGAGCGGCCCCCGCUGCACCGAGGGCCCGGGCUCUCUGGGCCGCUGUUUUGGCACGUGGCAGUGCCAGGAUGGUGCCAGUGGCCAUAACGGCAGCACCAUGAGCCGUUCCGAGUGCUGCCGGCAGCCCUGGGGGCACAGCUGGCGCCGUGGGGACCCCGGGGACACCGGGGACACAGGGCCCUGCCUGCCCUGCACCCGCCUGCCCCUGGGCGGGGACGGAGGGUCCCCGCGGCACCGCAGCCCCCCGGCCACGUGCCAGGCCUGGGCCAGGACGCGGUUCCGCACCUUCGACGGGCGGCACUUCGGCUUCGCCGGGACCUGCCGGUACAGCCUGGCCACCGCCACCGACGGCACCUGGGACGUCACCAUUGGCCUCGGCCACCCCCGGGUGCUGCACAUGACCUUUGGGACAGACACGCUGGUGGCCCGGGGACGGAACGUGUCGGUGAACGGGGUGGCGGUGCUGGAGGGACACCCCUACCUGCACAGAGGGCUCGGUGUCACCUGGCCAGGGGACUGGGUGGCCGUGGCCAGCAGCCUGGGCGUGCGGGUGGCCUGGGACGGGCACCUGGCGGUGACGGUGACGGUGGAGCCCGAGCUGCGCGGGGGCACCUGGGGGCUCUGCGGCACCUACACCGAUGACCCCGUGGACGACUUCAUGAGCCCCAGUGGGGACGUCGCUCCCUUUGCCGCCUCCUUUGGCAACGCCUGGAAGGUGCCGGUGGCUGGCACAGAGGUGGACCCCAGCGGGUUCUAUGCAGCGUGUCUGGCACUGCUGUGCGGGGACCCUGGACCCUCGUCCCCCCCCGGUCCCCUGUCACCCCCCCGUCCCCUGUCAUCCCCUGGUCCCCUGGCGUUCCCCGCUCCCCUGUCUCCCCCCGACCCCCUGUCGCCCCCCGUCCCCCCGCCCCCCGCCGCCUGCGACACCUUCGCCGCCUACGCCCGGGAGUGCUCCCGCCGCCAGCUCGAUGUCACCUGGCGCCGGCCCGGCUUCUGCGAGCGCCGCUGCGGCGCCGGGCAGCGCUUCUCCGACUGCGUGUCCCUGUGCCCGGUCACCUGUGCCACCGCGGGCAGCGCCGAGGAGGGGACGUGCCAGCGCCACUGCCACGGCGGCUGCGAGUGCGGCCCGGGGCUGGCCCGGGACGGGGACGUCUGUGUCCUCCCCACCGCCUGCCCCUGCCACCACCGGCGACAGCGCUACGGGCCCGGCCAGAGCAUCCGCCAGCGCUGCAACCGCUGCACGUGUGAGGGCGGGCGCUGGCGCUGUGAGCAGCAGCGGUGCCCGGCCGAGUGCGCGGUGCUGGGGGGGCGUCACUUCGUCACCUUCGACCGCCGCCGCUUCUCCCUCCCGGCCCCCUGCGCCCACACCCUGGUGGAGGACUUCGUGGGGAGGCGGCUGCUGAUCACGGCUGAGCACGAGCACUGUGACAGCCACCGGCCCCUCGGCUGUCCCCGCACCCUCACUGUCACCACCAGCCGCACCACGGCCCGUCUGCACGGCACAGGGGAGGUGACAGUGGCCGGGCAGGAGGUGACACUGCCCUUCUCCGGUGCUGGGCUGAGCAUCCGCCGCGCGUCCUCGGCCUUCCUGCACCUGCAGGUGCCCGACGCCCACCUGCUCUGGGGGCUGGGGACCCCCCACACCUACAUCACCCUCCAGCCCGCCAUGGCCGGCACGGUGCGGGGGCUCUGCGGGACCUUCACCGGGGACCAGCGGGACGAGUUCACGACGCCGGAGGGGGAUGUGGCACCGGGAGUCGCCGACUUCGCCAACGCCUUCCGUGCGGCCGGAGCCUGCCCGGCGCUGGGCCCCGGCAUUCCCGACCCCUGCCACGUCUUUCCCGGGAGCCGGGAGCGCGCCGAGGCUGCCUGCGCCGUGCUCUUGGGGCCGGCGUUCCAGCCGUGUCACCGCGCCGUGGAUCCGGAGCCGUUCCUGGAGCUGUGCCGCUGGGACGUGUGUUCCUGCCGGGAGCAGGAGCCGGAGCGCUGCCUGUGCUCGGCACUCGGAGCCUACGGCCGGGAAUGUGCCCGGGAGGGGACAGAGCUGCACUGGAGGAACCGGAGCCUCUGCGACGAGCCGUGCCCCGGGGGGCAGCAGUUCCAGGACUGUGGAGGUCCCUGCGGCCGUUCCUGCUCGGAGCCCCCCGGCGCUGGGGACUGUCCCCCACCGGACAGCCUCUGUGUCCCUGGCUGCCGCUGCCCCCAGGGUGCUGCUGGCCCAGGGGGACCAGUGUGUGCCCCCGCCGCCUGCCCGUGCCCCCGCGGCGCCCGCCUGUACCCCCCCGGCGCCCGCCUGCACCGCGGCUGCCAGGCCUGUGUGUGCGCAGGGGGGUCGUGGCGCUGCACCCCCGCCCCGUGUCCCCCCGCCCCGCGCUGCCCGGGGCUACUCCACGCGCCGGGGUCGUGCCUGCGCCGCUGCGACCCCGCCGAGCCCAGCGGCACCUGCGGGGGCCCCGCCGACGGCUGCGUCUGCCCCCCCGGGACCCUAUUCCUGGAUGGGCAGUGCGUGUCGCCGGACGAGUGUCCCUGUCACCACGGGGGGCAGCUGUACCCCCCCAACGCCACCAUCGCCCAUGACUGCAACACCUGCGUGUGCCGGCGGCAGCGGUGGCACUGCGGGCGCGGGGAGUGCGCGGGGACGUGCGUGGCCACCGGGGACCCCCACUAUGUCACCUUCGAUGGCCGCGCCUUCACCUUCGCGGGGGAUUGCGAGUACCUGCUGGCCCGGGAGGCCAGCGGGCUCUUCGCUGUCACCGUCGAGAACGUCCCCUGCGGGGCCACCGGCGUCACCUGCACCAAGUCCGUGGUGGUGGUGAUGGGGAACACCGUGGUGCACAUGCUGAGGGGGCGGGAGGUGACGGUGAACGGGGUGGCCGUGCGACACCCCAAGGUGUUCGGGGGGUCGGGGCUGGCGCUGCAGCGCGCGGGGCUCUUCCUGCUGCUCCUCACGCGCCUGGGCGUGGCCGUGCUGUGGGACGGAGGGACCCGCGUGUACGUGCGCGUGUCCCCGCGGCUCCGCGGGCGCCUGGCCGGGCUCUGCGGGAACUUCGACGGCGACGCCGAGAACGAUUUCGGGAGCCGGGAGGGGGCUCUCGAGGCGACCCCCGAGAUCUUCGGGGACUCCUGGCGCCUCAGCCCCCUCUGUCCCGAGGCCGAUGGGCACCGCCAGCACCCCUGCGACGACAACCCGCAGCGUGCAGCCUGGGCGCGGGGGCGCUGCGGGGUCCUGCGGCACCAGCUCUUCAGCCCCUGCCACGACCUGGUGCCCCCCCAGCGCUUCUACGAGUGGUGCCUGUUUGACGCCUGCGGGUGUGACAGCGGGGGGGACUGCGAGUGCCUGUGCACGGCCCUGGCCGCCUACGCCGAGGAGUGCGGCCGGCGGGGGAGGCCCCUGCGCUGGCGGAGCCAGGGGCUGUGCCCCCUACAGUGUGAGGGGGGGCAGGAGUACAACCCCUGCGGCCCCCCCUGCCCCCCCACCUGCCGGGACCUCGACCAGGACCCCCCCGAGCUCUGCGGGGCCCUGGGGUGUCUCGAGGGGUGUUUCUGCCCCCCUGGGCAGGUCCUGCACGAUGGGGCGUGUGUGGACCCCCAAUCCUGUCCCUGCUUCUGGGACGGCUUCGCCUUCCCAGCUGGAGCCACGGUGACCCAGGGCUGCAGCAACUGCACGUGUCUCGAGGGGCGCUGGCAGUGCCCCCCGACCCCGUCCCCGUGUCCCGCCGUUCCCGGCUGUGCCCCGUGGGAGUUCCGGUGCCGGCAGGGGGGUCUCUGCGUGCCGGGGGCCUGGCUCUGUGACAACGAGGACGACUGCGGGGACGGCUCAGACGAGCUGUGCGACCCCCCCUGCGCCCCCCACCAGCCCCGCUGCCCCGGCGGGCGCUGCCUGCCCUGGGGGGCCCGGUGUGACGGUGUCACCCACUGCCCCGACGGCUGGGACGAGGCAGGGUGUCCCCCCCAGCCCUGCGCCCCCCCCGAGUUCGCCUGUGCCGGGGGGCGCUGCCUCCCCCCCGCCCGCGUCUGCGACGGGCGGCUCGACUGCCCCCCCGGGGACCACUCGGACGAGGAGGGCUGUGCCCCCCGGUGUGGGCCGGGGCAGUUCAGGUGCGCGGGGGGCCGCUGUGUCCCCUACCCCCACCGCUGCGACGGCCGCGACGACUGCGGGGACGGGAGCGACGAGCGCGGCUGCUCCUGCCCCGAGGGGCACCUGCCGUGUCCCGGGGGGGGCUGCCCCCCCCCCGCCGCGCUCUGCGACGGCCGCCGCCACUGUCCCGACGGUGCCGACGAGGCCAAUUGUCCCGCGCGGGCCACCUGCGCCCCCGGGACCGUGCCCUGCCCCGACGGCUCGUGCGUGGCCGAGGUCGCCGUGUGCGACGGCGCUCGCGACUGUCGCGACGGCUGGGAUGAGAGUCCGGCGGGGUGCGCGGUGGCCCUGCCCCCCGCGCCGCUGUCCCCUGGCACCGCUGUCCCCGUUGGCACCGCUGGCACCGCCGUCACUGACACCGUUGGCACCGCUGGUACCGCCUCUGGCACCGCUGGCACCGCUGGCACCGCCGUCACUGACACUGUCAUUGCGGCUACCACCACUGUCACCGCCGCUGUCACCGACACUGGCACCGUCACCGACACUGUGACCAGCACUGCCAACGGCUCGGCAGCGCCCUGUGCCCCCCGGUCCCUGCGCUGUGACAGCACCGGGUGCGUCCCAUGGGGAUGGCGCUGCGACGGCGACAGCGACUGUCCCGACGGCAGCGACGAGUGGGGCUGCGACCCUCCCUGCGCCCCCGGACACCUGCCCUGCGACCCCCCCUGCGCCCCUGGACACGCCCCCUGCGCCCCCACCUGCGUCCCCCCCCGUCACCUCUGCGACGGCGUCCCCCACUGUCGCGACAGUGCCGAUGAGAACCCCCAGCUGUGCGAGCCCCGCGGUCCCGGGAGCAGCCCGGGGGGUCCUUGCGCCGAGUUCGACUGCGGGGGGGGCGAAUGUGUCACCUUCCAGCAGCCGCCCUGCGGAUCCGGGGGCAGCGCCGGCGCAGGGUGUCACCAGGGUCAGCCCGGGCUGCUGCGGGGGUGCCGCGGGCCGCGCGAGCAGGAGAGACCCUGCUUCCAGCGGGCCUGCCCAGUGGACGGCGAGUGGGGCCCGUGGGGACCCUGGUCCGACUGCCCGGGGGGCUGCGGGGGGGUCCGGCUGCGCAGGAGGGGGUGUCGACCCCCCCAGAACGGCGGCCGAGCCUGCGAGGAGCUGCCUGGGGGGACCCCAGGAGCCCUGGAGAUGGCCCCCUGCUCCCCCGGGGGGUGCCCCAACGCCUCGGAGUGCUCAGGGGGGCUGCGCCCCCUCCCCUGCGCCCCCUGCCCCGCCUCCUGCGCCGACCUGGCCGCCGCCGUCACCUGCCCGCGACCCCCGCCCUGCCGCCCAGGGUGCUGGUGCCCGGCGGGGCAGGUGCUGGACGCUCCCGAGCCCGGCUCAGGGGCCGCCCGGUGCGUGUGGCCGCGGGAGUGCCCGUGCCGGGCCGGGGGGCACACGUACCUCCCGGGGGUGCCGGUGCCCCUCGGCUGCCGCCUCUGCACCUGCCUCGAGGGGCAGCUGCGACACUGCCGCCCCCUCCCCGGCUGCUCAGUGGACUGCGGAUGGUCGUCGUGGUCACCGUGGGGGGCGUGCGCGGGCACCUGCGGGACCCCCGGCGUGCAGUGGUCGUUCCGCAGCCCCUCGAACCCCCCCCGGCGCGGGGGGGGACGGCACUGCCGCGGCAUCUACCGCAAGGCCCGACGGUGCCAGACGGGGCCGUGCCGGCGGUGCCACGAGCGGGGUCGGUGGCGCGUCCCCGGCGAGCGCUGGCGGGGAGGGCCCUGCCAGGUGUGCCAGUGCCUGCCCGGCGGGGGGGUCCGCUGUGUCCCCUACUGUCCCCUCCGCGACACUGGCUGUCCCCAGGGCCACGUGCUGCGGGAAGGUGACGGUGGGUCCUGCUGCUCCUGCACCCCCGCGGGUGACAACGCGACCUCCACGGCCAGUCCCCCCGCGAUGACAACAGCACUGUCCCCCCCCGCGCCGGCCGAGCCCCCCGGCAGCCCCAGCGCCACGGCCGCUCUCGGGGGGCUUCCCUCGGGGACCCUCAGAAGUGCCGAGACCCCCCCGGAGUCCACCAGCGCAGCCGGGGACACCCCCAGAACCGUCACCCUCCCCGAGGAGAUUCCGAGAGCCCCCGGCAGUGCCACGCCCCCCCCCGGAACCCCCCAGCUCCGGGCGCUGCCCUCACCGGCUCCCACGGGGGUCCCCGUCGAGACGCCCCCAGGCUGCACCCCCCCGCCCUGGGGAGGGUGGGGGUCCUGCAGCCGCUCCUGCGGAAUGGGGGUCGCCCUGCGGCGCCGGGGGGGAGCCACGCCCGGGGGCGGCUGCGCCCACCCCCCAAACAUCGACACCCGCGUCUGCUUCCUGAGAGCCUGCCCAGUUGCGGGCGGGUGGGCGCCCUGGGGGUCCUGGACCUGCGAUGCCCCGUGCGGGGGUGGGCAGCGGAGCCGCCGCCGCAGCUGCAGCGACCCCAAAAACGGAGGGCGGCCGUGCGAGGGGGGGGGCCUGCAGAGCCGACCCUGCAACCUGCGGCCCUGCGGGGACGGGCCAGCCUGCCCCCCUUCGAUGCUGCUGGUGCCCCCGGGGGGCGCGUGUGGGGGGCCCGCCGGGGUGUUGGGGCUCCCUGGGAGUCAGAGCCCCCCCGAACCCUGCGGGUGGUCGCGCUGGACCCCCUGGACCCGCUGCGACUGCAGCACCGGGACCCGGCAGCGCUUCAGGUCUCCCACCAACCCCGCGGCCGUGCCCGGCGGUGCCCCCUGCGCUGGGUCCCCCCGGGAGGUUCAGGAUUGCCCCGAGCCCUGCGGCCCCGAGCCCGGCAGCGCCGUGUCACCGGGGGGCACCGGAGCGCCCUGGGGCACAGAGGUGACGUGGGGCACAGAGACCCCACAGUCCCCGGGGUCGCCAAGCGGGGUGCCCCCCGGGCUGGACGUUCAGCGAGUGCGGGGAGGGCUCCGGGUGCCCCCGGAGCUGCGCCCACCUGGGCGGGGCCGUGGGGUGCGCGGGGGGGUGUCAGGAGGGGUGUCACUGCCCCCCCGGCACCUUCCUGCACCACCGCACCUGCCUACAGCACGUGCCUGGGGGCCGCCUGCGCUGUGCCCCCCGAGGGCUCCCCGGAGCCCCCUGCACCGGGACCCCCACGGAGAGGCCGACGUGCCCGAGCCCCCCCUGCGCCGUCCCCGCCCCUGCUGCCGCACUGACAGACUGUUCCUGCAGGGCCCGAAGGGGAGGGGGCGGCCGGGUGGUCCCCGCCGGUCCCACCGGCGCUGUGGGGCCGUGGGGGCCAUGGGGACCCUGCUCCCACACCUGCACCCGCCCGAGACCCCCGCGAGCCGGAGCCGCCGCCGGGACUGCGCGGGGGAGA